CGAGAACUUAGUAACGCCCUUUAGAUCAUUGACAACAUCAUAAGGAAUGGGUGUCACAGUCUCCAAGGUAGCACCUUCUACCAUUUAUCCGGGUUGGGGACCUUUGGGUUGCCUUUUAGUACUGAUAACCACACCUUUAGCCUUUGCUUCAGCCUUGAGCCGAUCAUUUUCUUUCACCCUCCGCUCAAACUCCUCGGUACACCUGGAUGCUUGAACAUGUUCUAUGCGGACAUGAAGCCUCUUUUUUAAGAUCUUGUUCCUAACCUGAUAUAUUAAAUCCUUAAAUCCAUGGGACUCCUCUUCCGCUCCUCUUCCGCAUCGAUGGCUCCAGAGCUCUCCGGAAAGGACAAGCUAGACACUAUUGCUACAAAGGAAGGCAUCCAUUAAAAUUUAGGGCGAAAUCUGCACUGAGUGGAAGCUUGAUUGUAAGGGACCUGCGGUAGACCAUGAGAAAAAGGAGAUUUUGAAAUCAGAGCAUCUUGGUUAGCCAUGUUCGCAACAUAUAUUCCGAUUGACAUGUGUCCAUGAAUCUGAGAAUUGUUCUCAGGCAAGAGCGUAAAGAAUAUGUCCUUGACCAACCAAUUCCUGCUGAACCAGCGGCCAAUGCUCCUAGAGCCACUAGAGAUGCUUAUGAAAGGCAUGUCCGUGAUGAAGUUGAUGUCACUUGUCUGAUGUUAACCAUCAUGGAAGCUAAUCUUCAGAAACAGUUUCCGAAUCGUCGUGCACAUGACAUCUCUAAUGAACUCGAGAACUUGUUUCAGAAACAAGCACGGAUCGAAAGGUUCGAGACAACCAAGGCUUUGUUUCACACAAGGCUUACUGAUGGGAGCCCAGUUGGACCUCACGUACUCAAGAUGAUUGGGUAUAGGGACCACUUGGAAAGACUUGGAUCUCCAAUUAGUCAAGAGUUGUCUACUGAUGUGAUUCUCGCAUCACUCACCCCGGCAUAUGACCAGUUCAUCCUGAACUAUAAUAUGCAUGGUCUUGAGAAGACCUUAACUGAAUUGCAUGGAAUGCUCAACUCCACUGAGCAAAACAUCAAGAAAAACCGGAGUGACGUUUUGAUGAUCAAAAAGGGAAAGGGAUUCAAGAAGCCUGGAAAAGGCAAGGUUGGUGGAAACAAGAAAGCCAAAACUCUGGUUAAGAACUCGGGUAAAGGCAAAUCUAUUGCCAGCUCUACUUCUAAAGAAGAGCAAAAAUGUUUCCACUGCAACAAAACCGAUCAUUGGAAGCGGAAUUGCAAGGCGUAUUUGGAAGAACUGAAAAGAAAGGGGCAUGGUGAUGCUUCCAAUUCAGGUAUCUAUGUGAUAGAAGUAAAUGUUACUACUACUACUUCAUGGGUAUUAGAUACCGGUUGUGGUUCUCACAUUUGUUCAAAUUUGCAGGGACUGACAAGGAGUAGAAGGAUGGCUAAAGGUGAAGUUGACCUACGAGUAGGCAACGGUGCAAAAGUUGCAGCAUUAGCAAUAGGAACAUUUACUUUAAGUUUGCCCACGGGCUUAGUUUUAGAACUUGAUAAUUGUUAUCAUGUACAUGCCAUUAGUAGGAAUAUAAUUUCUGUUUCUUGUUUGAACAAGAAAGGAUUUCAUUUUAUAAUAAAGGACAACACUUGUUCUAUUUAUUUUAA